CUUUUUUUUAACUAGCAAUAUGAUAAUGAGGCUACUCAUGUUUGUCGUACUCUUGAUAGGAGCAACUUUCUCGGUAACCUCAAGCAGCCUUAGCCAAUAUGAGGUGAUUGAAAAACAAUAUCUGAACUGGGUUAGACACAGGUCCUUUCACAAGCAAUCACUCUUUGGAAAACCAAAGAACAAACUAAAGCCCUGCUUAAACAUAAGGGUGAACAAGAAGCCAAGUUUAGCAGGGUUUUCUUCCGUGCGGAAGGCGAUUCGUCCGAUUCCAAUCAUUAAUCAAUGCCGGGUUGUAAUCUCCAUUGGAGCAGGAACUUACAGAGACAAGAUUGAAGUCCCUGCAACUAUGGCAGGUGCCGGUGCAGACAAAACAGUCAUCGAGUGGGAUGACACAGCUGACAAGAUGGGGCAGUCAGACCAUUCACUUGGCAUAUAUGACUCUGCAACAUUCGCCAUUAAUUCUCCAUAUUUCAUUGCAAAGAACAUCACCUUCAAGAACAAAGCACCAUUACCGCCAUCAGGAGCAUUAGGAAAGCAAGCGGUGGCACUGAGGAUUUCGGCCGAUGCAGCCGCCUUUAUCGGUUGUAAGUUCAUCGGAGCGCAAGAUACUCUAUAUGAUCACAUUGGUCGACAUUACUUCAAAGACUGCUACAUUGAAGGUUCGGUAGAUUUCAUAUUUGGAAACGGGCGUUCCCUCUACAAGGACUGCCAUUUACAUGCCGUUACCAACAGCUAUGGAGCCUUGACAGCCCAGAAAAGGGAGAGCUUCCUUGAGGAAACAGUCUUCUCUUUCGUUAACUGUAGGGUUACCGGGUCGGGUGAACUCUACUUGGGUCGAGCUUUGGGAGUUUUCUCUAGGGUAGUGUUUGUUUAUACUUACAUGGAUAAGAUCAUCACUCCAAGAGGAUGGUAUGAUUGGGGAGACAAAAAUAGAGGAAUGACUGUAUUUUAUGGACAGUACAAGUGUUCGGGACCUGGAGCUGAUUUUGGCGGCCGAGUUUCAUGGGCUAGAGAACUUAAUAAAUCGCAGGCGAAACCGUUUAUUUCGGUUGAUUUCAUUGAUGGCCAACCUAUGCUCAUUUUUCCAAUUUAG